AUGGAGGUUAAAGACCAGGCACUAACAUGUCCCAUCUGUGUGGAUGUCUUUACAAAACCUAUAGGUCUUCCCUGUGGACAUAGCUUUUGCCAGUCCUGCAUCCGUAUCGUCUGGAACGAGGAUGAUAAUGACUCAGAGGUAGGGCUGCGAUUCUGUCCUGAAUGCCAGAUCUUCCUUCCACCUGACCUAAAGCUUGAACUCAACACAGACCUGGAGCAAAAGGUAAAGCAUGCCAGCACAUGUGGACAUGUGAGUGAAGAGACUGCAUUAAUGCAUUCUUCAGAUAUCACGUGCGAUCAGUGCAUUGAGAGAACUUCAGUGGCUGUGAAAAGUUGUCUGAACUGUGAUGCUUCAUUGUGCUCAGUUCACACUCUGCAUCAUCAGCACAGUGAAAGGCUGAGAGGACACACACUUAUCGAACUGACCCAAGAUCCGCUUUUCUAUAAGUGUCAGGAGCAUGGAGAGGAGCAGAAGCUGUUUUGUCAGGAUGACCAGGUUGCUGUGUGCUGUCUCUGUGUGGUGUUUGGGACACACAAGGGUCACCGGAUCAUCCAGCUGCAAGAAGCCUGCUCGGAUUUCAAGAAAGCACUGGAGGAAAGAGACACAGCUUUGCUGAAGAACAGACACCAGGCUGAGUGUGCAUUACAAGACCUGCAGCGAUUGGUGUCAGAGACAUCUUCUUUGGCCAACACCUCCAGAGUCAGAAUAGCAGAAACAUACAGCCAAAUAAAAGACUUGAUUGUAAAGGAUCAACAGCUGAUGAUGGAUAUUAUCGAAAUGGAGGAAUUUUACACCAACAAGUGGUUGGAUUCUAAGAGAGAGUGUUUGGAGCAGCAGAUAACAAAAAUGGAUUCUUUAUUAAGUGAAAGCAAAUCUUUUCUCCAAGAAAAGAAUGAGUUAAAACUUCUCAAGAAUCUCAAAAGGCACACAUUUUGGCGACUGUGGGCAAACAUGAAGGAAAUACACUUAGAUGCAGAUACAGCACAUCCUAAUCUGGAAGUUUCUGAAGACCUGCUGGAGGUCCGCUGGAGCAAAAAGAACAGGAAGGAAAGCAAAGACACAGAACACAUCAGCACUGAGUACAGCAUCCUGGCCAAGGAGUCACUCCUCAGUGGCUCUCAUUACUGGGAGACUGCAGUGUGGGAGAAACCGUACUGGCUAAUCGGUCUGUCAUGUGAGUCCAAUACGCAGGCAGGAGAGAAGAAUGUGACUCCUGACCUUACCUUCAUAAACAAGACAUUCUGCUACAUCUAUCAUGGAAAUGGAAGAUAUCUUGUAUGUAAUGGCUCUCAGGAGACUAUGUUAGCAGUUGAAAAGAAGAUUCAGAAAGUUGGGGUCAGUGUGGAAAUUGAGAAAGGAACAGUGUCUUUCUAUGAUGCAGACACAAUGGCAUUGCUCCAUUUGUUUGCAGUAGAAUUUCCGGGUCCAGUGAGACCUUUGUUCAACCCCUGCCUUUGUUUAAAUGAGCAAAAUGCACAAGCUCUCAUCCUUAUUAAGCCGGAGAGGCCAAAAUGA